CUCAAAAAACAUAAAAUAGAAUCAUCGAGUCCUUUUAACUCAAGAGGCGGGAGAUUCUGGAAUUCCCAACUAGGGUUUUCAGAGUUCUAAGUUGUUAGGUUUUGUGAAAGUGCGAAUGGUUGGUUGAAGCUCCAGCUGUCAGCGCUACUGUACCGCAUAGGCUGAAUGCUCUCCGUUCGCGUUUUGGAUUUAAUCAAGGUGAAUUGUUGACUUUGAAGAAACAUCAACUUUCUGUUGCGUUUGGCUACUGCAUUUGCAAUUCACUAGAGCUAUUGCGAUCUCUGAGGAAUUGGUUUUCAGACAGCAUGCAUGGUUAUAACAAUUUCUUGAUGUUGUCUGAAAUUAAGCUGCCGGCUAAAGGAUGUAUUAUUCUCGUCGGUUUAAAGUAAAAUAUGCAUGAAUGGGAAGUGUGAUUUAUUUUGGUCUGCUGAUCUUGCAUGAGAGGAUUCCCGUGAUUAUAGCAAAAUGGAAUGCAACAAAGAGGAGGCCAUCAGAGCUAAGGACAUUGCUGAAAAGAAGAUGCAGAUCAGAGAUUUUGUUGGCGCUAAGAAGCUUCUGCUUAAAGCUUUGCAUCUCUUUCCUGAUAUUGAGAAUGCCUCUCACAUGCUAACCGUUUGUGAAGUGCAUUGCUCUGCCGAAAGCUUGGUCAAUGGUCAGAUAAACCAUUAUGGAGUUCUUCAAGUGGAGUCAUCGGCUGAUGAAGCAUUGAUCAGGAAGCAGUAUCGUAGGUUUGCUCUUCUUCUUCAUCCUGACAAGAACAAAUUUUCAGGUGCUGAAGCUGCCUUUAAGCUAGUUGGAGAAGCAUAUAAGGUACUAUCUGAUCAUGCAUGCCGCCAAGUUUAUGAUUCGAAAAGAAGAGUUCAGAUGAGAACCAUGUCUUCUUGGCAACCUUCUCAGCAUGUUAAAAACGCCAAUAGCAAUACUGGGGCUACAAACUAUUCUUCAAGUAAUCAACCUGGCGGAAUGAAACAGCAGGAUAAUAAGCAGCACUCAUCUGCUUCCCAAUAUUUCUGGUCUGUUUGUGUCUACUGCAACAAUUUACUCUCCUAUUCUCGAGCUCUUCUGAAUAGGGAGGUGCAAUGUCAGAAAUGCCUUAAGAAAGUUCAUGCAUUUGAGGUGAGACUCCAAAAUGCUCCACCUCCUGGUUCAAGUUCUGGAUUCCCCUGGAUACACACUGGUUUUCAUCAGACAGAUUUUGCUGCUCGGUAUCCUUAUAAUCAGGGGAGCCAAACUCAUUUUGGAAAUCCUUUAGGGGCAAGGGAACAUGAAAAUGUCAUCAGGCAUCCCACAGUAUCAAAACCUUCAAAAUCUGUAACUGAUACCAAGCAUGGACGUUGCUCUACUAACGAGGAAGAAAAGGCUGAGUUUGGUGGGGAUGCUAUGGCUGGUAAUGAGGUGAAGUCUGAAAGUGGCAAAACUGGUAAGAAAUCAGCAAUGAGGUCUUCUUCACGUGGUGCAUCCCAGAUAAGAAGCAGGAGGACAACUGCCAAUUUUAAUUAUUCAGAUUCUGCUCAACGUGAAUCCACUCAUAAUGAUAAUGUUAUGGAGGUUCCCCCAGCAGAUCUCAAGGAUGGAUCCACAAGUGGCAGGUAUCCACGGAGGUCAACAAGUUGCAAGAUGAAUGACACUUAUAACGAUGAGAGCGAAGAUGAUUUUGUACGCCCGCCUAAAAGGUCAAGAAAUGUUGGAUCUUACAACACGAAGAACCGGGGCAUCUCGUCUCCUGAGGUAGCAACCAAUGGUGUGAAGAAGAAAACCAGUGAGAUUAUGGGGGAGCAAAUAGAUGAAGAUCUUUGUGAAGAUAAUUUACCUGGAGGGAGUGGUCUAGAGAAACGAAAGAUGCCUGAAAGCAAGGACACAGUUCGUAUGAAAAAUAGCAAGCAUAUCGGAGUGGGUUCGAGUGCCAAUUCUGCUGCUGAUGCAAUUUCUACAACACAAGUUGAAUAUUCAUUCUCUUACCCUGAUCCAGAAUUUUAUGACUUCAAUAUGGAUAGAGAUCAAAGUAAAUUUGUGGUGAAUCAGAUCUGGGCGGUAUAUGAUGAUGACGACGGAAUGCCUAGGUAUCAUGCUCUGAUUCAGAAAGUUUUUGCUCCUGGUUUUAAGUUGCAGUAUACCUGGUUAGAGUACAAUCCUACUAGUUUAGCUGAAAAAGCUUGGGUGAAAGCUGGAUUGCCGACUGCCUGUGGUAAUUUCAAACUGGGAAAGGUUUGUACUACAAAAUGUCAGCUGAUGUUUUCUCAUCUGAUUUGUGGUGAAAAAGGUAGAGGAAGAACAUAUAAUAUAUAUCCAAAGAAGGGAGAGGUUUGGGCCCUUUUCAAAGACUGGGAUAUGCAAUGGAGCUCUACUGAAGAGAGCCCUAGGAAAUAUUCAUACGAAUUUGUUGAAAUUGUCUCAGAUUAUGCAUCUGGACAAGACUUCACUGUAAGUCAUUUAGUCAAGGUCAGAGGAUUUCUGUACCUUUUUGCUCGAGCACAGGAUAAAGGAAUCACUGUGGUACCCUCUGGGCAGUUGCUUAAAUUUUCCCACUGUGUACCUUAUUUUAGAGUUUCUGUAGAAAGAGAAGGAAUUCCAAGAGAUUCUUUUGAACUUGAUCCAGCUGCUUUGCCUCAGAAUGUUGUAAAUAUCACUGAUGCAGGUAGUGCUAACAUUACUGAAGUUUUGGAUGUUAAGUCCGGGGAUCCAUGUCCAAGGCCUGCUGGGGUCAAUGAAGAUAAAUUUGAAGGUGAUGUAAUUAAAAGUACAAUGUUGAGCCCUAGCCAGCAUGUUUUAGAAACAGCCAGCAGAAAUAUCAGAUACCAUGCUUUCGGUAAUUCAGAUAAAGAAAUUGAAGACUCCAGUUCUAAUGGGCAGGAAUCUACUAAUCUUGAAAUUUUCAACUUUCAAAAAGAAAGGUCUGAGGAGAAGUUUAGACAAGGUCAAAUUUGGGCACUUUAUAGUGACAUUGAUGAGUACCCUAAUUACUAUGCUUUGAUAAGUGCGGUCGGGUGCGGAACGACUGGAUUAAAUGUGAAGUGGUUAGAGUUCUCUCCUCAGACUGAAGGGGAGAAAUGGUGGUCAAAGAAUGGCCUACCUGUCAGCUGUGGAAGGUUCAAGGUUACGUCAAAAGUUGCUCAAUAUGAUUCAACCCACGCCUUCUCUCAUUUGGUGCAUGCAACGUCCCUCAGGAAAAAUUAUUUGUUUGAGAUAUAUCCUAAUGGUGGUGAGGUUUGGGCUGUAUUUAGUAACUGGAGUCUUAAAUGGACAUCCACAGAUUUUGGAAAUGUUGCAGAUUACGGUGUGGUAGAGGUGGUUGAGAGAAAUAAAUGCAACAUAAAAGUGAUGACCUUGACAAAGGUCAAGGGCUAUAAAUAUGUUUUUAUGCCUAAAACUAGAAGUGUAGCUGACAUCGAGAUACCCAUUGAUGAAUGCUUGAGAUUCUCCCAUCAAAUACCUGCAUUUAGAUUGACUGAUCAACAGUCUGGGAAGUUAAAGGACUGUUGGGAACUUGAUCCCGAUUCAGUUCCAAAGUUCUUAUUGACUAUGAAGCCUUGACUACCCUUUUAACAUUUUACAUACUAAUUUAUGGCAGAUAUGAACAGGGCUAUAGUAUCAAGAAGAAUCGCAAAGUUCUUUGAGUUAGCCAAUAUCUACACAAUCAAAUCAGGUUCUGGUUAUCACAGUGUAAGCACUGAGGGGACAUGAGCUAGACCUAUUCAACAAGUUGGGAUACUUGUGUUUUCUCUCUCAUCAUCUCCAGGUACUUAGCAUCAUAAUCUUUUUAAAUCACUUAAACAUCAUUCUGAGGUAGCAGUCUUUAGGUUUCAGUUAUAUAUGUAUGUUGCAGGGCUAGUUUUGUGCUUUGGUGAUUCUGAUGCCCUGCUAUAAUCCUCUGUGAACUAGGCAGGGAAAAACUGAUUAUUUUGGGCAAAUUGAUGCUUCCCUCUCUCUUCAAAGCUUUCUGCAUUGAAUUUUUCAGUACUUGCUUGAUGCGAUUUAAUAAUUGCUAGAAAAUAAGCAAAAACAGUCUCUAUUA